AUGGCAUCGGACCCCCAAGCCGAAGCCGCAUUCGAGGCCACAUUCUCCGGCUUUACACGGCGGCAACGCACCAAACCCACGCCCUUGCCCUCGGACCUGAGCAUCAAAGGUCAAACAGCCAUCGUCACGGGGAGCAAUGUAGGCCUUGGCCUGACGGCGUCCCGGCAGCUGCUCGGGCUAGGGCUCUCACACCUGGUCAUGGGCGUGCGCUCCCAAGCAAAAGGCGACGCGGCAGCGGCCCAGCUGCGCGAAGAGUUCCCGGGCUCGCAGGUCACCGUCUGGGUUCUCGACAUGGAGUCGUACGACUCGAUCCGAAGCUUCGCAGAACAGUGCGCGUCCCUGCCGCGCAUCGACGUGGCGAUCCUCAACGCUGGGGUGGUCACGGGGUCGUACAGGACCGUGCCCGGCACGGGCCACGAGUACACGAUGCAGAUCGACUACCUGUCCACGGCGCUGUUGGCGCUGCUGCUCGUCCCGGUCCUCAGGUCCAAGAAGGCCCCUGGCGCGACCAAGCCGCCGGUCUUGACCCUCGUCGGGUCUGAUGCCGCGUACGCUGCGCCACUGAAAACGGAGGGCCCGGUGCUGGCCCAAUUCGACGACCCAAAGAACUACGGGCGGCUCACCACAUACGGGAGCGCGAAGCUGCUGCUCACGCUGUUCGUUGGGAGGCUGGCUGAGCUUGUCGAUCCGGGCGACGUGCUGAUCAACUUGUGCAAUCCCGGCAUGACCAAGGGGACUUCCGUCGGCCGUGAAAACUCUGCGAUUCUGAUAUUUUUGUUCAGCAUUAUUCAGUACUUCUACGCAAGGUCGGUGGAGGUCGGGGCUUCAGUAUAUCUCGACGCGGCCUUGACACGAGGGGCUGAGAGCCACGGGAAGUUUGUCAGUGACUGGGCCAUCAAGCCAAGUAUCGAUACCGCCGUGGAACAGACACUCGAAUGCGAUAUAGGAUUUACUGCUUACAACUAUACGAAGGCAUCCUCCAUCACGAACAGGUUCAGCAUUGACGGUAUGGAAAAGGUCCCACUUGAUGAGGGUUAUCUUGAUAUGAACGCCAGCUAUGCCGAGCUGUUAGAGAUGUUGAAUGAUGACGAGAAGGACUUGUACAGUUAUAUUGUCUUCAACACGACGGGCCUGCCCGAGUUUUGUGUCCGGACUCUGGACAUUGGCGCCUUGAUCGAUUACUUUGUCUCUCAAUCCUUUAGCGGUACCCUCGCCGACGGAGAAGGAGUGCCCGAAUUCGCUGCAGGCAUCACAACGGCUAUUCGCAAUCCGCAGAAGAACAUCCCGGGGAUUCUGGAUUCCAUGGCCAUCAUCAUGACAGAUCAGCUUCGCUCCAACUACAAUGCUACAGCGCAUGGUCUUACCGCGAGGACUGUUGUGCUAGUCCGUGUCCAGUGGGCCUGGCUGGCGCUGCCCAUCUUCGUGGUCUUGGCGUCCGGCUUGUUUCUGAUUGCCGAGAUGGUCGAGAGCCGGAGGGCAACAGAUGUUAAACUUUGGAAGUCGACUGCCACGUCGCUGCUCUUUCAUUCCGUGUUGCCGGCUGAGGUAAUGCGCGCCGGGAUUCCGGGCCCCGAACAACUUUACAGGAUGGCCAAGACAACAAAGAUAAGGCUGGAGAGCCCCAACCAGGCUGACCAAGUGCCACUAACCCAUGUGACACCGUAUGGCCAGGGACAGCAUCCAAGGACUUCGGUGGAUUGA